GUCUAGAUCUUACUAAACAUCAUAUAAAUCAACCUAUAGAGCUAUUAGUUGGAGCACAAUUUAAUUCCUGGGCAAUUGCAGAACAUUAUAUAAAGGAGUAUGGACGACAAAAAGGUUUUGUAGUGAAUUGGUAUAGAGUUGAACAUCAUAAGUCUUAUUCAACUGCAUUAAAUGAUCGUGUUAAAAAAAGAACAUAUGUAUAUUGUAAAUGGCAUGUUAAUUUGAGUAAUCCAGAAGCCAGCAACUUCGUGCAUAUAACUCUUGUGGAUCUUGAGCAUAACCAUAUUCUCGAUGCAGAUAAUAUAAGAUUUGCUACAGCAUUUCGAAAAUUUGAUGAGUCUAUAAUGGAUAAAAUUGAACGUAUGGUUAUAUAUAGUCAUUGUGAUGCUUAUACAAUAAGAAAUUUAUUACGGCCUUUAUUUCCUGAUCACCUUUUUCUCACACAAGACCUAUCAAAUGCAAUUCAAAAAAUAAAGCGUGAAAAAAAGGUUGUUGGUUCUGAUGCAUCCCACUUAUUAAA